AUGCCACUACAUAUCAGUCCCACCAUCCCUUCUCGACUGGCACGUCGCACACUAUCCUCACCUAACUUGGCUGUUGCUCAAGCUCGGUCCAGGAGUCUCUACCGUGAUUGGUAUCGAGCUGCUCCAGAAAUCUGUCAGCUUUAUGCACUUGAUGUACCUUAUCCAGCCUUGAGAGCCAAGAUUCGACAAAUUUUUAAUAAACAUUCACAUGUUCGAGAUGUACAAACGAUUGAUGUUUUAGUAUCAAAAUCUCAUAUGGAAUAUCAAGAAUUUGUAAAUGUUUGGAAAAUGCCAAGUCAAGUGAUGAGAUAUUUUGAAUCAGAACAAUCACCUCCAUUACCCAAUACGUUUUUGGAGAAAUUCUUGGCCGGCAAAGACGAGUUGAUGGUCAAGCCGGCCGCAUAG